AUGAUCUACGAAGUCGCUGCCGCCGUCGAACACAUCCUCAGCCUCAUCGCACACGUCGAACGCCCUUCGCCCGUCCCCACCGAGGCGCUCGCCGGAUUCGCAUCCACGCUCAAAGACGCGCUCGAGACGCGCUGUCAGCGCUGCUGGCACGCCGCCGAGCCAGAGCGAGGCUCCGCACAGCGCUCCAUCGCAUGGCAGCUCCAUCCCGCAGGCGAGGGCGCAGACAUCGACCUCCUCCGCGCCUUUGCCUCGGUGCUAGCAGCAAAGGCAGAGGAGGGCGAGAUCGUGCAUCCCCACCAGCCCAACGUGCUCAGCCUCGCGCUCGACUGGCUCCCCACCGCAUUCACUCUCUGGAUCGACCCCGGCUGCGUAGCCAUCCGUCGCGGCGCCGGGCCCGGGGCUUCGUCGGCCUCGCUCGACUUUGACCUGCUCAAGCCCAGCUUCGCCGAGUCCGGCCUCAACCUCAUCUGGGGUCACUUCGUCGCCCAACCCGCCGACCGCACCGCACCGCAGCUCACCCUCAGCACCGCCCCGCGUCCGAUCCCCAUCCUCAAGCCCGCCGCGCGCAUCCUCGCUCCUCGUCAGCGCUACCCCGUGCUCUCGCACCACCAGCGCGCUCCCUCCUCCUCGUCCUCCAUCUCGAGCAUCUCCGAGGGCCUCGUCCGCAGCGCCAGUCUCUCGAGCGCGCACACCGUCGCCACCGACGCCACCAGCGUCAACGGCGCCGACUCCGAGUCGGACGCAUGCCCGAGCCUGUGCUCGCCCGCCUCGUCGCUCGUCUCGAGCCAGUCCACCCCAGCCUCGGACAGCGAGCACGACUCGGUGCACGACACUACGCUCGGCGACUCGACGCAGCGCUUUGCCGGCGUGCGCCUUUUCGGAGAUGACGCCGCCGACGACGACGACGACGCAGGCGACACCACCAUCCACGCCGGCCCGCUGCUGGGGCUCAGCGUGUCCAAGCCGCUCCAGUCGUCGACGCCCGUCAAGUGCAACUACACCACCCACGACAAUGGCAACGUGGGCGUGCUCGGCGGCGGCGUGCGGCUCGGCGGCGCUGCGCCCGCACCUCGACACCGCCAGCACUCCAACUCCAAGAGCAUCAGCCAUCUCCAGGGCGGCCUGCACAACCAGCUGCUGCCGCCCUACAUGCCGCGCGCGCAGAUGCACGGUGCACCCAAUUACAGCGCGCCCAUGCGCACGGUGCCGCUGCCGCCGAUGCCCAUGUCGAUGCCUAUGGCGCCGCACGGCUUCCAGCACCAGCACCCGGCGAUGCAGCCGCAGCCCAUGUGGAGUGGCGGUGGCGGCAUGCAGCUGCCCACGCCGUACGGCUUCCGCUCGCAGCCCAUGGUGGCGCCGCGCUUUGCGCCUGCUGCUGCCGCACUCGACGGCGACGAGCAGGAUGACGAGGACAAGGGCGGACGGCGUCGGAUGCGGUCUCGAGGCCGACGCUCGCGUGGACGCGGUGCGGGCCGUGCGGCGCGCCGCCAAGCUGCUGCGCUACGCGCACUCGAGCUCGGCCGCACCGACGAGGCCGAGUACGACGAGCUGGAGCUGGGUUCGGCCACGUCGCGAUGCUCGACGCCCGCGACGGCGUCGAGCUACACCGCGUCGAGCUACUCGAGCGCCGCAUCGUCGCCGCACAAGGGCGCGCUCUCGCAUCGAUGCUCGCGCACCGAGCUGCGCCAGCCAAAGCCGCACAUGCAGAUGGACGUGUUUGGCAUGCAGCUGCACACCGGCCUCCAACGCCUCGCUCAGCAGGUGUAG